AAGGAAAGUUGUGUCAUUUUUAGAAAGAAAGUCAUUCGUAGAAGGUUGGACAAGUAAAAUGAGGGAGAUUGUUCAUGUUCAGGCUGGCCAAUGUGGAAAUCAAAUUGGAGCAAAGUUUUGGGAGGUUAUCUCGGAUGAACACGGCAUCGACCCCACGGGUACCUACCAUGGUGACUCUGAUUUGCAGUUAGAAAGGAUUAACGUGUACUACAAUGAAGCUUCAGGAGGAAAGUACGUUCCACGCGCAAUCUUGCUGGACUUGGAACCUGGAACAAUGGAUUCUGUACGUUCUGGACCCUUUGGACAACUGUUUAGGCCUGACAACUUUAUUUUUGGGCAAAGCGGAGCAGGAAACAACUGGGCUAAAGGACACUAUACAGAAGGCGCAGAAUUGGUGGAGUCGGUGUUAGACGUUGUCAGGAAGGAAUGCGAAAGUUGUGAUUGCCUUCAGGGCUUCCAGUUGGCUCAUUCUUUAGGAGGAGGAACAGGAUCUGGAAUGGGAACCCUCUUAAUCUCGAAAGUACGGGAGGAAUAUCCUGAUAGGAUCAUGAACACAUUCAGUGUUUUACCCUCUCCAAAGGUAUCUGACACAGUUGUAGAACCAUACAAUGCUACACUUUCAGUUCACCAACUUGUG